CCUCUGAGAAAAAGCCUGAAAAGCCUAGAGGGAUUUUCUUCUGAAAGGGAAAGCUUUUCUCCUCCCCCUUCUCAGGCAUUUUCUCUUACUCCCUCUCUCUCCUGCGCUCCCACUUGCUCCAAAAACACAGUGCUGCCAGAGAAGCUGAAACGUGGAGCCAGUGAAGCAAUAGGCAGCUAGACACUUCACAGCUCUGAGCUCAACUUACUCGAACGGGAAAGCCACUAACGAAUGGGAGUUUUCCUUCUUAUUCUGGGUCGCAGACCACUAACUGUCAUGUGGACCUUCCAUUAUUGAUGGCAGGAACUUGGCUAUUGAGAAACAUGGCAAGAAGACCUCUCUCUCUCUGGAGUCAAAUUGAAGUUAUCUGGAUUGGAUUAUAAAGAAAAACGUGAAGAAAAAUUCAGCAGGAUAGAAGAGAUACUGUCAGAAAGAUGAAUCCAGAAUCCCUGGACUCGUCCAUUCAGAGUGCCCUGUCGGCCCUGUUCCCGCCCUUCGAGGCCACAGCGCCCACCGUCCUCAGUCAGCUGUUCAGGACCAUCGAGGAGCGAUACCGCGGUGAUGCGCUGCACUGCCUGCUGGACUUUCUCAUCCCGUCCAAACACCUCCUGGAGAUCGUGCAGCAGGCGGCUUGUGCUGCGUACUCRGAUGUGCUUUUCCGUUGUGAGGGCUGGCCCCUAUGCCUCCGCGACAGGACCGUGAUCCAGCUGGCCUCGCUCAACCCUCUUCUGCUGCGCCCCGGAGACUUUUACCUGCAGGUGGAGCCCUUUGGAGAACAGGCAGCCCGCAUCGUUCUCAAAAGUCUCUUGGAGGAGGGCUGCCGUGAGGUGGAGGAGACCCCCAUCCCCGAGACCUCUUACCCGUGCAUCUUCACCCUUGACUGGCUGAGGGAGGUGAACGACGGCCGUCAUGGCGCCCCGCUGUCCCGCUGCCUGCUUUCCACCGACCAGGGAGUGAUGAAGGUGCCCUGGGCACAAGUGGCCAUUCCAGAGUUUCUGGACAAGCCCAAGACCAUCACUACACCAAGUGUUAUCCGUGACGUUCCGUUUGAGCCGAUGCCGUUGCAGAUUCCCUCCUCUUCCGACUCUACUUCUUCCGCCCUUUCCCUAGAGACCAUGAUCCUUCCUGCCAGGAAUGGGAUCUCUGUGUCUUUGAGACUCAUGGAUGGUACUUCGAAACUAAUCAAGGGGGACCAUGAAAAACCCAUUCCCAAACCGCGUGCCAAACCACUAGUCAAGCCUGUAGGCUGGGUGUCGCCUAACACCUGGGACACCAGCCGGAACUACCGYGGGGUCGAAGGUGACUACGUGGAUUUAGUGUUCGCCAAGGAGAAAGAGUCUCUUACGGGAUGCAGUAAGACUCCCAACUCUUCUACUCCCCCUUUGUUCAAACCAGUCAGGCCCCCUCCCCCUGUACCGCUCAUGAACAGCACCCCCUGUGGGCGCACCCUCAGAUUUUCAGAAGAGCCUUGCAUGCCAUGCAGCCAGAGGAGGCUAGGUCAGGGGUCUAGUGGGCAGGAACUAAAAUGCAGGUACAGGGACUCCUACCUGGCAGCUCUGCGCAACCCAGUUCCCUUUGAAAGGGGGAGUGUAGGUCUGCUAGAUGCUCUGGAGGAGUCUGGCCCCUGUGAAGGGGAGGAGAUGGGCUUCAGGGGUCACGCCAGAGGUCCGGGUCAGGACCCCGGGGAGUGCUCUAACCACUAUAAGGAGUCUAUUGUAGGUCACGAGCCACACCAACAUGGACACUUCGGUAAGGAAUCCCCAUUGGACCUAAAUCACAUACCACACAAAUCCAUCGAACCUGCCAUAACUCACAAACCAGGAAAAAAUACUAAAGAAAUUCAAAUAAUCCAUAAACUGUGCCAAGGGGAACCCUAUCUUCAGACACAGCACAUGGCCCAUCAAAUGGGACCUGACUCAAAGGUAGCGUUACCUCCGGCAAUCUCUCACCCGGUCAUGGUUGAUGCAUUCGAGUGUGACUACACCUCCAAACCAAUUUGGAACCCAGAGGCGGUGAAAACCAUUGGUAAACACAAAACCAAGCCCAGGUCACUGUCCACCGUGUCUGAGAAGGCCAGAGGAAGUCCUCUGGUCCAUAAACUGAACUACAGGAGCCACAGUGACAUCUGCCCAGAGAUGAUUCCCCCCAGUUCCCAGGUGGUGCAAUGUAAAAAAGGCACGGCCUUUGGCCCGAUGUCCCCCAAGCUGGACAGGCAGCAGUCUGCCAAGAAAGAUCCCCAGCCUGGCAAAGUUGAAACGCGGGCUAUUGCACCCCCCAACAGACCUGACACCAAACCCCAGAGCCCAAAAACGAAGCCCUCAGCGCCCCCCAUCCAACCCCCCUCCCCCGUAUCCAGUUCUCCUCCAUCUCCCUCCACCCAACACUCCAUUUUCAGAAGCAUCAGCGGCCUGCUUCACCUGGGCAUUGUCAGUCUGCCAGGGAGCAGAGACAGGGUGGGCAGGGCCGUGCUGGAGGUCCAUGGGGACAGGCAGGGCUGGACAUCUCCUCUGCUGUCCGCCCAUGAGGUGUGCAAAGUGCUACUCUACCUCCACUCCAUCCCCAGAAAAGAGGUGCGGGACCUGGGAAUGACAGUGGUGAUCGAUGCCAGGAAGAAACCUCCUCCCUCCUUCUUCUACAAAGCCCUACUGAUGGUUCAGGAACAAGCCCUGCAUGCAGUCCGCAUUGUGCUGAUGCUAGUAGAUAAAGAAGCAAGCCCUCGCCCUGAAAGACACCCUGGACUACAGAUGGACAUGGUGACUUCUCUGAAGGCCCUGCACAAGCUGGUGGAGGGACAACAGCUGACCUCUGACUUGUGCGGGACCUUCCCCUACAGCCACACUGAUUGGCUGCAGUCUCAUCAGAAACUCAUUUCCUUUGUGACGGACUUGCAAGGGGCAGCCCAUAUACUACAUAGAGCAAUCAAGAAAAUUGAUGGCAAUCCAAAAAUGGACACCGCCCAGGACGUGCAGCUAUGUAUUCAAGAUCAGAAGAACUCAAUGAAAGAGGUACUGCAGGACAUCCGAUUGGUUACUUUACAGAGAGAAGGUGGGGCCAUCCUGGCCAGAAUGAGGAGGGAAGAGUUUCGAUUUGACAAGUCCGAUGACUACAGUGACGCUUUGGAGUCAGUGACGGUCCUGUAUAACCAGGUGGAGGAGAGUGUUCAUACGCUGGUGAUGAGGUCCAACGAGUCACUGCAGCACCUGGACUUCCUGCUCAAACUCAGGGAGGCGGAGUCAGAUCUCGACACGGCCAAGAUGUGGUUUAAUACAGAAGGAGAGCAACAGCUAAAGGUUUCCAACUCAACUGAGGACACCCUGGAGAGUGUGAGCCAAGCCCUUCAGCACUUUGGCUCCUUCCUCACUCAGGCCAAGGAGAAAAAACAGCAGACCUUGACACUGAUGAUGGAGGUUGAGAAGAUUCUGGGUCCCACCAACUCUAACACUGAGAUGGAGGUUUUUCGGACCGUGAUGAACACUUUCAAAUCCAAUAUGGCCGACUUUCUGUUAAGAGCAGAGAAAAGGCGUACCGAGCUUGACAACAUGGUGUAUGUCUAUCGCUUCUGUGAACAGGUUGCUGCCCUAGCCAAGGAAUGCAGGCAAUAUCUUGAGCAGGUAGAGACAGGGUGUUACCCUGCCAAAGCCAAUCUAAGUACACUUAAGACCUACAAGGAGAGAUUGGGUAACUGCUUCUCGGCUCGACACUUCCAGACUGUGAAAGCCAAAGCCUACAGUGCGAGGGGCUCUGGGGGGAUGAGGCUGUGGAAUGCAGCCUGGAUCCAGUGCCAAGAAGUCAGCCAGCGGCUGGGGGAGAGAUUGCAACAGCGGGGAGGAGCAGCCGGCAAAGACCAGCAGCAGCCCACAGCCUGCGGAGCUCAAGUGAAGAGCAGGGUGCUAGAGACAGGAAAGGAGAGUGAAGAGGAGAAGGAGGAGGAGGUGGGGGCCCCUUGCUCCCUCGCUCCGGCCUCAACUUCCCCUCCAGGGGUGGCCGAUAACUCAGGGAGGGCCUCCCAGGACCAGAUGGAGAGCAGAGAAAGCAAUACUAGGGACUGCGCUCACAUCACAUGUUUUAACCUCCCUUUCAAAGCGGACUCGAAAAGGGGCAAAGGAGCCAAAGAAGUGUCCCAGUCACCUAAAUUCCCAGGCAAAGAGGGGACACUGAUUCCAGUGAUGCCUCAAGAUGGAGGAGGUGGCCCAGGGAGGCGCCACAGCGAGGCGGACCUCAAGAGGGGGGAUCCAAUUGGCAAGUGUGAGGUGUUUCCAUGGAAACACAGUGCCUUGGGGCGGUCCCUGAGUGAGGGUUCCUGUAUGAGCUCUCUCCUGUCCUCAGAGUGUGGCUCCUCCCCCUUAUCGGCAAGGCACUCCCAUAGCCGGCACCUAGUAGUGGCACUGCAGUCACCCCAAAACCCUCAUGAUAUCUCCCGUAAUGGAAGUUUCUGCUCUGGCCACUCCUGCUGUAAGUCAAAUGGGGAUAGGGAAGGUGGUGACCCCAUACAGGUGUCUUCAGUGUCCUUGACUGACCCUAGUGGUGAUGAAACACAGGAAGCCUCGUCAUUAGCCGACACACAAUCUGAAGAAAAUGCCAGCAAUGUCCUGAAGUUGCAGAGGAUCAUGGAGGAGCUGUUGUUGACUGAGAGGGAGUAUGUACGAUCUCUAGGCUACGUGCGAGAGCACUACUUCCCUGAGCUGGAGAGGCCUGAUGUGCCUCAGGACCUAAGGGGCCAGGGGGGGAACAUUUUCGGCAACCUGGAGAAGCUCCAUGACUUCCACCGCCAUCACUUUCUGAAAGAGCUGGAGGGCUGCCUCCGAGAACCMUUCAGAGUGGGACGCUGCUUCCUACGACAUGUGGGUUCCCAUGRUUACGAACCUUACCGGUGCAGCGGACAGCAAGUACAGCCUACUGCUGCAGGACAUGGUGAGGGAGUGCGGGCCCCACAGGAGCCGGUGAGAGGCCGAGUCCAGCACGCCCUGGAGGUCAUCCAGUUCCAGCUACGGCAUGGCAACAACCCUGCCAUGGACGACAUCCAGGACUGUGAUGUCAACUUGAAGGAGCAGGGGCAGCUGAUUCGUCAGGACGAGAUCCUGGUGUCCUUCAGAAAGAAAAAGUGUUUCCGCCACAUCUUCCUCUUCCAGGACCUUGUCCUCUUCAGCAAGACUAAGAGGACCGACGUGGGCAACGACACUUAUGUAUAUAAACAGUCAUUCAAGACCUCUGACAUUGGGAUGACCCACAAUUCGGGGGACAGCGGGCUGUGCUUUGAGAUCUGGUUCAGAAGGAGGAAGUCCCAGGACACUUACACCCUGCAGGCCGGGAACAGAGAGGUGAAGGUUGCCUGGACCAAAGACCUUGAGCGUAUCCUCUGGGAGCAGGCUGUACACAACAGAGAGAUCCAUAUGCAGGAGAGGGUGUUCAUGGGUAUCGGGAACAAGCCCUUCAUGGAUAUCCAGCCUAGCGACGCGGCCAUCAAUAACAGGGCAGUCAACUGUGCUCUGAUGGGAAGAGAAUCCAAGGCGUUKGCMUCCUCAGGGACGUCUGGCUUGCAGGGCAGGUUUCCUGUGCUGCGGCCAAACUCCUUUGGCUCUGGGAGCUGUUUUUCAACCUCCGGCAGCCACUCCUCUUCCUCCUCGGGGAGAGGGUCCCUGGCCUCCCCGACGGGGGGGUACCUGUGCGGCCCGAAGCUGAGGGGGGUUKCUGGGGGUCAAGGGGGGUAUUCGGAGCGCCCUGGCGUCCUGGAGGAGAAUGACAUGGACCAGGAGAGCGGGAGUCAGAAUCUACUGAUGGACAGCUCCGAGUCUUCGGGAGAGAGCGUGAGYGGCUUCAGCAGCUCUGCCUCCUCUGUGUGCGCCUCCAUCGUCAGCCUGAAGGAGCCUCUAGCCCGCAGACCUGAAGACAACGACCUCCACAAGGCUAAGAGUCCCAUCUGGUCUACAGUAAAAUCCACCUCACCCUCGCUCCCACCCAAACCACCUGGCCUGACUAAGGAGCCUCCCAAGGUUCAAAAUGCAGUCAUUGGGAAGUCAACUGAGGUUUGAGCUCUGAGUUUGAUUUGGAAUUAUCCAGAACAGAAGGAAAGCAUGAACUGUGUUACUGUAUAAAGAGGAGUGUUAUAUGACUCUGUUAUAUGACAGUUACUGCACUCUACUUGUACCAUUCUGUUUUUUUGUUUUGUUUUUAUUUAACCUUUAUUUAACUAGGCAAGUCAGUUAAGAACAAAUUCUUAUUUACAUUGAUUUACAAGGAUUUUAUAAUUUCCCAUUAACAUGAAGUUUUAUAUUUUGUAAAAAAAAAGAAGCAUUUCUGUCAUAUUCAGUUUGUUUCUGAUGUCAAGACUUUUACCCAUGAUCAUGUUGUUGUGUGCCUUAUUGGACCAUUCAAUAUGUAGUAAAUAUUCUUACCACAGAA